AACAGGUUGCUCAUAUGGCUUAAUACGACUCUGAUCUGUUCCAUUUCAUCUAUUCUGCAUCUACAACGAAGGAUUCUUUGCGAUAACGGAGGAAAUAUUUAUCAAGUGAAAUGUGCUAAAUGACCACGAGGGAAGCAUUAGGCAGAGCAAGUUUGCGUGACCUGCACACACGAUUUGUUCUUCUGUAUAAUAAUAGACAAAUACUGUGAUAAAGUGCUGAAAACGAAGAAACUUUUGUGAGAACCAAGUGGGGGAGAAACAGAUGUAGACAGACUAAGCUGAAACAACUAUUUUGACCUCAUUUUAACAUUAUUUUAAUUUUGAUGCCCAAUCUUAGAUGAUAGAAAUGUCAGACUGAGCUUAGAAAGAUCCAACAUCUAAAAUUAUGACUGUCAAAGAUAAUACUGAUGCUAAUAGACAUUGUGGAACUAACAUAAGUUGCUGACAAAUGUCCUGACCAUUGAAUAAGUUACAGGAAUAAUGACGUCCAUAUGUACCUAUCAUUCAUAGUGAUUCAGGUAAAACAAGUUAUGACAAUUUGUGUUUGAUAAAUAUGUACUGACUCAUCGAUGAGACCGAGGAUUACUGAUGACAAUGUGCUGUGGAUAGAUGAAGAUGCUGGUGUCGAUCAGGAGACUGAAAUGUAGAUUGAGAAUAAAACGCUCACUGGAGAGAUAGAACGCGCAUGCGUACUCUCAGUUUGCCAACGUGGAGAAAUUGCUGCGUGCCCACCUUUAAAAAGUUGUAUAAAUAAGAAGAACUGAGGAAAGUGUUUCGCAGUUGCCGUUUCUCUUCCUGCUACACGUUCGCCAAGAAAGGAGAUUCUCUUGAAGAUGACAGGACAAGGAGGCGUGGCCGUGCUUCUGAUCAUCGCUUUGACAACGGUGACAUCCGUUACUGGCGCGGGUCCCAUCCCUCUUACUGCGGAGGAAGAGGCUCAAAGAUACAAUGCUACGCAAGACAUGCUUAACCUUCCAGCCGCUGAUCGGAUGGUACCUGGACUGCCCCCCGGUCCAAUACCGGCAAUCUCGGCUUGUGAAUGCCAUGCGCAUGGUGAUGUCCGAUAUGUUACGUGUGAUGGGAAAGUCUUCAGAUUUGAUACCCCACCCCACGUUACAGGUAUAAUGGCAAAGUCUAGACCUAGCUGGCUUUGGUACAUAGCAACGGGACAAGAGUUCUUUGAUGGCGGUCCGAAGACUCGGCUGUCAUCAGUGAAAUUCAAGAUCUUUGCUCACUACGUGAAAAUUGAGUACAAAAAGAAUCCAGAUCCAAGUGGAGUGUACACAAUAACGGUAGCAGCUGAAGCUGCACCUGUUCCGCCGAUAGCGGUUUUUCAAGUAAGUCUUGGACCCGGUACUGUAGGUGCAGUGCUCUACGUGGGGAACGGUUUUCAUAUCUCCGUAAUUCCGAUGGGCGGUGAUUGGUACAUUCAAGUUAGGUGCACGCUCCUGCCGUCCGUCCUGUUUGACAUUAGGAUACUUGUGGCCCGACAUUGUCUCCAGAUUCGCAUUCCUCCGAUAUGGAACAUUUGGAUGGAAGGGAUAUGCGGAAAUUGGGACGGAAAUCCAGAUAACGACGUUACGAAUCUUGUCGCCUGGCCACAGGUGAAACCUGUGUAGUUUAGGGGAUUCCCUUAACAGCACACGGCGCCGAUGACAUAUUACUCGACGAUCCAUGGCGUGAUGACCAAAGAACCCAAUCAACCAACCAACUCUGUACAAACUGUGUCUUCUUUCUCCAGUCAGUGAUGUUUAUGUGGAACACGGGAGGCACUGGACGCCAUUUCAUGUUUCA